UUAACAAGGCUUGGGGGCUGUGAGACUUUUAGAUCCUCUCUCUCGGGUUCUUGUCGUGCGUAUCCGGCGAGAUGAACAACAACAACACAACACUAGUGAAGUUGAAGUGAACAAGUGCAUCUACUUGUAGCCAAGCAAGCAAGCAACUACUUUUCCUUGUCCCUUGUUCAAUCCACACCCAAGGGUUUAAAGAGAUGUGCCUUUCCUGUUCGGUCUAGAUUAUCUAUUUUUGCUUCAGAUGUCGUCGUCCACUCGAAAGCCUAGUAGUGGUCAUGGACCUGAACUCGAAGCUCAGAAGCGCUCCUCUUCAAAUACUAACACUAAGUUAGCUGAGCCGCUGCAGUCAGCAAAUCAAGGAGUUCCUGAGAAGUCGUUUAAGAAGCGAUCUGGUGAUCCCAAACCUGAUUUCACCUCUUUAUCCACCGUUCUUGAGCAUGUAGAUUCGCUGACUAUCGAUAGCAGCAACGACCAGGAGAAGAAAACAUCUGGCUACGGCAGCGUCAAGACCAGCUCUGUCUCCGCGGCGAAAGUGAGUGACGGCACGAGCAGUCUCGGCAAGACGAGCGGAAGCGCCAAGCUCAGCGGCGGCCGCCUCGAUUUCAUGGAGAGCGGUAAGAGCAGUAUCUACAGAGGAAGCACGAGCAGUGACGUGAGCGACGAGAGCAGUUGCAGCAGCUUCAGCAGCACUAUCAACAAACCUCACAAGGCCAACGACUUGAGCUGGGAAGCGAUCCAGGCGGUUAGGGCCAGGGACGGGGUGUUGGGACUGAGCCACUUCAGGCUGCUCAAGAGGCUGGGAUGCGGUGACAUAGGGAGUGUUUAUCUCUCUGAGCUGAAAGGGACAAAGUGUUACUUCGCGAUGAAGGUGAUGGACAAGACGUCUCUCGCUAGUCGCAAGAAGCUUCUAAGGGCUCAGACUGAAAGAGAGAUUCUCCAGUCUUUGGAUCACCCUUUCCUCCCUACGCUCUACACUCAUUUCGAGACUGAGAAGUUCUCUUGCCUUGUGAUGGAGUUUUGUCCUGGAGGAGACUUGCAUACUCUCAGGCAACGCCAGCCUGGGAAGCACUUCUCCGAGCAAGCGGUUAAAUUCUACAUAGCAGAGUCGUUGCUAGCUAUUGAGUACCUGCACAUGUUGGGGAUUGUGUACCGUGACCUCAAGCCUGAGAACGUUUUAGUUCGAGAAGACGGACAUAUAAUGCUCUCUGACUUUGACCUCUCACUCCGGUGUCUUGUCAGCCCCACUCUGGUGAAAUCUGCAGCCGUUGAGACGGAUCCGUUACGCAAAAACGUGUACUGUCUUGAGCCAACUUGCAUCCAACCGUCUUGCACCGUCGUCCCCACCACUUGCUUCUCUCCGCGUCUCUUCUCAAGCAAGUCUAAAAAGGAGCGCAAAUCCAAGAACGACGCGGCAAAUCAAGUUAGGCCGUUGCCAGAGCUGGUGGCUGAGCCAACCGACGCGCGUUCCAUGUCGUUUGUGGGCACGCACGAGUACUUGGCCCCGGAGAUUAUCAAAGGGGAAGGGCAUGGGAGUGCGGUGGACUGGUGGACUUUUGGGAUAUUUCUUUACGAGCUUCUCUUUGGGAGAACGCCUUUCAAGGGGUCUGGAAACCGACAGACGCUGUUCAACGUGGUUGGUCAGCCUCUGCGGUUUCCUGAGUCACCUGUGGUGAGUUUUGCAGCGAGGGACCUUAUCAGGGGCCUGCUCAUGAAGGAGCCGCAGCAGAGACUGGGGUUCAAAAGGGGAGCUACUGAGGUUAAGCAGCACCCGUUCUUCGAAGGUGUGAACUGGGCUUUGAUCCGGUGUGCUACUCCACCUGAGAUCCCAAAGCCGGUUGAGCUGGAGAGAGGACCUGUGAGUAGUUUUGCGGAAGAGUCACCAACGAGCCAGAAGACAGCAGCAGGUUUGGUUCUGAAUGCUCAGAAAGGGUCUGAUAACUAUUUGGAAUUUGAUUUCUUCUAGAAGAAUAUGGUACUACUUACUCUCUAUUCUUUCCCUAUAAAAGACCAUUUGGUGAAAGAUGAUCAAAGUGUUGUCAUGCUCUUCUUCAUAGAUUAGCAUGAAACUCUGUAUGUUUGUUUCUCUAUGCAUAAGUUGCUCUAGUUUAUUAAAAUCUUUGUAACUCUUUUCAUAAAUUUUAUUAGUUUUUAUCA